GCAUGGCGCAGAGCACUCCACAGCUUGAUAUGCAGGUUCUCCAUGACCUCCGACAACGUUUCCCGGAGAUUCCAGAGGGUGUUGUAUCUCAGUGCAUGUUACAGAACAACAACAAUCUUGAAGCCUGUUGUCGAGCCCUUUCCCAGGAGAGUAGCAAAUACUUAUAUAUGGAAUACCAUAGUCCAGAUGACAACAGGAUGAAUAGAAAUCGCCUUUUGCAUAUUAAUCUGGGUAUCCAUUCUCCUAGUAGCUACCACGCAGGAGAUGGAACACAACUUAAUGGGGGUCGAACACUGGUACAUAGCUCAAGUGAUGGACAUAUUGAUCCACAGCAUGCAGCGAGUAAGCAGCUGAUAUGUUUAGUUCAGGAACCACACUCCGCUCCAGCUGUUGUGGCUGCUACUCCAAACUACAAUCCAUUUUUUAUGAAUGAACAGAAUAGAAGUGCAGCCACUCCUCCUUCACAGCCACCUCAGCAACCAUCUUCCAUGCCAACAGGAAUGAAUCCGUCUGCUAUGCAAGGGCCUUCGCCGCCGCCGCCGCCACCUCCUUCAUACAUGCACAUACCUCGGUAUAGUACAAAUCCGAUUACUGUUACAGUAUCCCAGAACCUCCCUUCUGGACAGACUGUACCAAGAGCUUUACAAAUUCUUCCACAAAUUCCAAGCAAUCUCUAUGGGUCUCCCGGUUCUAUUUAUAUUAGACAGACAUCUCAGAGUUCAUCAGGAAGACAAACUCCUCAGACUACACCAUGGCAGUCCUCACCACAGGGCCCAGUGCCUCAUUAUAGCCAGCGUCCUUUACCUGUUUAUGCACAUCAACAGAACUAUCAACCUUCUCAGUAUUCUCCCAAACAGCAGCAGAUUCCUCAACCUGCUUACCAUUCACCACCUCCUUCUCAGUGUCCUUCACCCUUCAGCUCUCCACAGCAUCAAGUGCAACCUUCCCAGCUGGGCCACCCAAGUUCCCACGUCUUUAUGCCACCUAGUCCUUCAACUACUCCACCCCAUCCAUAUCAACAAGGACCUCCUGGCUAUCAGAAACAGGGAAGCCAUUCAGUAUCUUAUCUCCCAUACACAACAUCUAGCUUACCCAAAGGAUCCAUGAAGAAGAUAGAAAUUACAGUUGAACCCUCUCAAAGACCUGGGACAGCAAUGAACAGGAGCCCUUCACCUAUCAGUAAUCAGCCGUCUCCACGGAAUCAGCACUCACUGUACACAGCCACCACACCACCUUCAAGUUCUCCUUCGAGAGGAAUAUCCAGUCAACCAAAACCUCCAUUUAGUGUUAAUCCUGUGUACAUUACAUAUACACAGCCAACCGGACCUUCAUGUGCUCCAUCACCAUCUCCUCGAGUGAUACCAAACCCAACAACAGUUUUUAAAAUUACUGUAGGUCGAGCAACGACUGAAAAUCUUUUAAAUUUAGUGGACCAAGAAGAACGUUCUGCUGCGCCAGAACCUAUUCAGCCCAUUUCAGUGGUACCAGGCUCUGGGGGAGAAAAGGGAAGCCAUAAAUACCAGAGGAGUUCUAGUUCUGGAUCAGAUGACUAUGCCUAUACGCAAGCUUUGCUGUUACAUCAGCGAGCAAGGAUGGAGAGGUUAGCAAAGCAGUUGAAACUUGAGAAAGAGGAGCUAGAGCGGUUGAAGGCUGAAGUUAACAGUAUGGAGCAUGACCUGAUGCAGAGACGGCUCAGAAGGGUCAGCUGCACCACUGCGGUCCCCACGCCUGAGGAAAUGACAAGAUUGAGAAGCAUGAACAGACAACUCCAGAUAAAUGUUGACUGUACACUGAAAGAAGUUGACCUCCUUCAAUCUAGAGGAAACUUUGAUCCAAAAGCCAUGAAUAAUUUUUAUGACAACAUAGAACCUGGCCCAGUUGUACCACCCAAGCCAUCUAAAAAAGAUUCGUCAGACCCUUGCACAAUUGAGAGGAAAGCCCGAAGAAUUAGCGUGACCUCCAAAGUACAGGCAGACGUCCACGACACCCAGGCAGCAGCUGCUGAGGAGCAUCUAACUGGCUCCAAACAGAGUCCCCGGACCCAACCCCGCGAUGAAGACUAUGAGGGGGCCCCAUGGAAUUGUGAUAGCUGCACCUUCCUGAACCACCCCGCACUGAACCGCUGUGAGCAGUGCGAGAUGCCACGGUACACUUGAACUCCCAAGAGUCUGCGUCGACUUGAGAGAGAAACUGGGAGCACCCACCAGAAGAAAAGGAACCUUGGGAGUCUGUGCAUCUGCCUGGCCUUUUCAUUUCUGAUUCCACCGGGGGAGGAGCAGCGCCCCUGUAGGGCUCGUGCUCACUCAAGAAAAAUGGGGCGUUCUCUUUAUUUUGUGUUUCUGUUUUUUUCCUUUCUUGACUCAUUGCAGAGUGAGAUAGAAAGGGAUACUUGAAACUGG